AUGAGUGUCAUCGGAAUCAAGAGCUGUAUUUUCUCGGCGACUAGAUACUCCCAUGAAAACGAUAAACCUUCUUCGCUCAAUUCCAUCGGUAAAUCCUCAUUCGAACAAAGAUUCCCCAGAAAUCUGCGCAGCAAAGUUGCUCCAAUUUCCUGCAAAAUCUCGGGGAGUGAAGCUAGAGAGAAUCAAGGAACGAACGGAGUUUCUCUGAGCUCCAAGAACAAGAUGGAAGAUUACAAUACAGCUAUGAAGAGACUGAUGAGGAGCCCAUAUGAGUAUCAUCAUGAUCUGGGCAUGAACUAUACACUGAUAAGAGACGAGCUAAUCGUUGGGUCACAGCCACAGAAACCAGAGGACAUAGAUCACUUGAAGAAAGAAGAGAACGUUGCUUACAUUCUCAACUUGCAGCAAGACAAGGACAUCGAGUACUGGGGAAUCGAUCUGGAUUCCAUUGUCAGUAGAUGUAAAGAUCUCGGAAUCCGUCACAUGAGAAGACCCGCAAAAGACUUUGAUCCGCUUUCGUUAAGAAGCCAGCUUCCAAAAGCUGUUUCUUCAUUGGAAUGGGCUGUUUCUGAAGGUAAAGGAAGAGUCUACGUUCACUGCACAGCCGGAUUGGGGAGAGCUCCGGCGGUUUCGAUUGCUUAUAUGUAUUGGUUCUGUGACAUGAACCUGAACACGGCUUACGACGCGUUGGUGUCGAAGCGGAAAUGUGGGCCUAACAAAGGAGCAAUACGUGGCGCGACGUAUGAUCUGGCGAAGAAGAAUGAUGAGUGGAAAGAGCCGUUUGAGAAUCUCCCUGAGAAUGCGUUCGAGGACGUUGCGGAUUGGGAAAGGAAGUUGAUUCAAGAACGUGUUCGAGCCAUCCGUGGAACCUGA